AGACAACCAACUGCACUUGUUCUCUGCAUCGUCAAUUCUUCUUGCUAUGUCUUACCAAAUCUUUGGACGUGCCAUAAAAAAUGAGUACCUCGCUCUGGGUACUCUUCUGACGACAGUCGGAGUUGUGUUGGCCGCAUCCGGUGGCAAGAAGGAGACCCACAUUCCGGCUGCUGGCGCAGGAAAGCCUGUGUUGGAGCAGGUGAAGGAGACUGUUCCGAUCAAUGCUAGCUCGAAGGAAGAGGAGGAAUUGGUGAACAGUAUCAAGAAGUUCAUUGCGGAAGCAGAGAAGGAGUCAAAACACUAGUAGACCUACGAUGCUUGUGCUUGGUACCGUAACGCUUGCAUAUAAUUCAACGUUGCAAUACCCUUCAAGUCUCUCAUGCCUCUUUAUAUCUCAAUGUUAUAAAACGAUUCAAUCC